GGUAAAGUGGUCGCUGACGGGGAGUUAUGAAUGAGUCGCGGAGUCCUGACCCACGAGUGUCGCAUGGAGGGGGGCCAGCGCGAAGUAGGAGCGAAGAAGGGGAUGUCUACCGUCGACAGGAGGUGGCAGAGUGGCGGAGGCGGAGGAGAAGGAAGAGAGAAUAAUAGAAGAGAAGCAAAGAUCGUAACGAGAGGAAGGAGAGAUUGAGAAAGAACGAGAAAGCGAGCGAGCGAGCGAGUGAACCAGCCAGCCGGCUGGUUGAUGAAGGAAGGGUGACGAUUGAGUGGGGAUACUUAGGUUUGACCGAAAGCGGGGUGUGGGCCACGUGCUUCGAUGCCUUUACAAUCGUAUAUAGGCACCGGUCGACCGAGUGCCCACUACCAUACACUGUGAUAGUCAUACACUCGGUCGGGCAGGAGAUAAAGGAGGAAAAGGAACUCUUGUCGAAGAAGGAAGAAGAAGUCGGCGAGUGAGGAAAAGAAAGGAAGUGAGGAAAGAAGAAGAAGAAGAAGAAGAAGAAGAAGAAGAAGAAGAACGGUAAAGAGAAUACACAAUAGAUAGAGAGGGAACGGGGCAAGAGAAACGACCUACCGACAAGCAAGGCAGACGGACAGAAGUCCACCUUCCACUUCCAUUCCCUUACGUAGGUUCACUCCUACUAUAACGACGAACGAACAAGCCUGCCUAUAGCUGGCUUCUCCUUCUCUGUUUCUAUACCUACCUACCUACCUUCCUCUGCGCCAUGGUUAACUCGGACAGAGCCGAGAGGUGAUACACUCGAUACACUCAGCCGGACGAGGGCAACGAAUACCUCAGUCACCUCCUGACAUUCGGUAUGGUACGACCUUACCCCACUGGCGCGCGACUAACAAGGUGCCGCCAACACAAGGGCUGAGAAUACCGAAAAGGGUCCGCAGACGUUGCCGGCGAAAGGGAUAUAUACCACGGGACGAACAGAGACACGCAACCCGGCCAACGGUAUAGAGAAAAGGACAUUUGAGAGAAAAAAAAAAAAGAAACCGAGGACCACCCUUACAAUUAUCGGUGUAAUCAGACUGAUUCUUUUUUUUUCCUUUCCACGCGUAACUCUCCCCCGCCACAUUCUUAAGCAUCUACCUCCCCCUCCCUGAGACGGCAUUCGUGUCACCCUCUUCUCCCCCCUCGUAUAAGAAUCAGUGCGUCGCGUGUGUCAGGACCAGUGCGAAACGGAUUGUGAUUCGGUGCGGACAGUUUUUCACCUAUAGUAAUUGCCCGUGCCCUCGCGGACACACCGGGCUGCCCGCGCGUCCUCCGAUACACCGAGCGUCGCUCGUCACAGUGCGUUUUAUCGACGAAUCAGAGGGGUCAGGGUAUCGGCAAGCCGUAACAGUAGCGGCGCGAUACAUUGGCGCUGGUACACGCGGAGGAUAGGAUACGUCUCGCUUGCUCCUUGACUGCCACGCGCCACCGCGAGUGUCCGCGUGCCACCAGAGUGAUCAAGUGCUAUGCGAUUAUGACAGUUGCCGAGGAUACCGCGAUCGCUCACGAUCGGCAAAUGACAAUGGAGGCGAUUCUGAGCCGUGACCAAAGGACCACUUCUCACCGAGUUCUCGAUCAUCGUAUCACCCAAAACGGACCGACCAAGACGUCCCCCAGCGGUCUGACAACAUCGACGAAAUGGUGCAACAGCCGGGAGACGAAUGCCCGAUACGCGAGAGUAAUCAGCCCGAGAUUGCAAAGAAACGAUCGCGAUCAAAGACACUUAUCGUGUGAUUCGUACCUCGUACCUGCCUUCUACGACGAUCGAGGGAUGCGCUCGAGACACACUCCAUCUGUCACUACGACCACGUGGCUCAGGUUAGGUAGUCUUUUGGUGACUCUGCUCGUGGUCUCAGUGCACGGUGCUCCGACGAUGACCCUCGAAGACAGACGACUGAGCUUACCCCCGAAGUGGGUGAACCCAUGUGGCCUCGCUGCCGAAGAUUUUAACGGUGAUUUGGAUGUGGUGCAGCUUACAGAUUCGCAGCUUUUAUCGCAAGUUGUUGUUCAAGCGAGAACAGCCCUGAUGCACGCACAGCUUUUUCGUGAUGAUUACGCCAAACGAACCUUCAACAUCGACUUCGCCGAUCUGCAUUCGACAUUUAAGGAUAAUCGUUACGACUGGCUUCCUGGACUGAACGAAAUUCCCAAGCAAUUAGGAGAAAUGCUGGAUCAAGAGUACCUCGAUAGAUUAGAGCUCGACACAGCCCUUAUUGAUGCGUACGAAUACAUGCAAAAGUAUGCAGUCGGCUUGGAGCAAAUAGUUUGGGACCAAGAGGAUCUUCAGCUUGAGUUUCGCAAUCAGUUCGAGCAAACGGAAUAUAAACUGCGAACGGUUCUCUGCGAGCUGCAGGUAGCGUUAGUGGAACGUCAGUUAUCGUCGCGUCCCGACGUGACCCGUGACAUCAUGUCGCCCGAAUUUCGUGCGAUAUCAUCAUCGGAAACGUUUCGAAAUUUACGCGACUGGUUAAUCUUCCGGGACUACAUGAACGGCCUCGAGUAUGUGGUGCAAGUGUUCGAGCAUCUACGCCGAAAUUUGCAGUCCUGAGGAUGGCAAGGCGGAAGCCGAAGAAGGGCUACCAGACGACGACUCGCGCAUCUCCGGAAACCGGAACCGCGUACCAAUCUGAAUGGCGAGGUGUCGUCAUGAGAUUGGAGGUGCGGAAAGACGGUAAAAGCGAGCUUAGGCUUGCUCUGUCAAGCAGGCCCAGAAGCUUUCGAUAUCCGUCCCGGUUUCUUCGAGAUGCGUCUCACCACGAGGAUUAUCCGUCAUGGGUGCUGUCAGCAAUGGACAAAGCUGCUUCGCCUAUCGAUAUUCCUCCAUCGUCUGGUCGCAAAUCCAGUUCACUUCCAUGACUUUCAGACAGAAUCGAUUGAUUUUCGUCGAUGACUAUGUGCUGGGAACCAGAGUCGUGCAAUCAUCAGCCCGGAUUGGCUUUCGCCGCCCUUUACUUCACGAUCGUGCAGACGCGUUCGUUUUUGUCCGUAUCCAAAGUGUCGUUAUUAAAGUGUUAAGAUGGGUAGUAAGUGACAGACCACGAAGAGAUCAGUCAGUUCCGAACGACAUACUCGAAGGGAAAAUUGUUUCGAUGUCGACUUCUUUCGCGUCGACCGGUAUAGCUGUUUACGCCCUAUCCAUUUUAGAUUUCUUUUACCUUGUAGCAUUUUUAUCAUUCAAUCGUAUCUAGUUUUUUUUAGAAUAUUUUAACAGUGAACUUGUAGUGUUUUUUUUUUUUUUUACUCGUGUGAACAAAUUUGGGUAGUCGAAAAUGAUAAAACAGUCAUGCCGAUAAAACGUUUCAAACGCAUUUCGAUUGAGGAGUGUUUGAUGGGGUUUGAAGGCGUUUGAAACGGGACGCGAAACGAAGUACGGAGGGAAUAUAGGAUUCGGAAGGGAAUCCGUUUAAACGAGCUUGUGCACCGCAGCGGUAUUAUAUCCUAAGUACACAAGAAAAUACACAGUAUUCGCGCUUUAACUUAAAAGUAAGAGAAAAUGAAGAAAAGAGAAAUCGUACGCGUGGUUAUCACGCGAGCAACGUUAUCACGAAAUGAUGACGUCCGUUGAAACGUCGUAAACGAGCCAUCCACGUUCCACUCUUAAUCCUACAUGAUAAUUUAUUUGACUAACUGUAAUAUUAUUAUUAUUAUUAUAUUCAUAUUUAUUCAGAUUAUUUAUUUUAUUUUUAUAAAGAUUUUACAUUGUCCGAUUAACUGUAUUUAAAGUGUCUAGUUGAGCUUAAAAAUUAUCUAGAGCAUAAGAGAAACAGAAGAGGAUAUAUUAUUAAUAUUAUUAUUAUUAAUGUUAUCAGUAGAAUUUUAAUGGUAUCGUAGGGGAAGAAGAAGGAAACGCAUUGACGCUGCUGCUGCUAUUUCCCUUCGCUUGACCGUACCUCUUCAAGGUAUGAAGAUAAUGUAAAGAUAAGAGUACCAUCAAACCCCUCCCCCCGUUACUUCUGUAUCUUAUUUAUUUUCUUUUCUUUUUUAUGCAAUCACACGAAACCGAUUUUAUCUCGACAUUUGUUCGAACGAGUGGUCUUUUUAAAGGAAUCUUUUUUUCCUUCUUUUUUCUUUUUGUUUUGAUACUCACACGAAAUUGUGGCAGGCUCAACGAAACUCACCCCUCAAUGGCACGAAAGUAUUAUUUCAUUUUUAUUUAAUCACUCGUGAUAUUUUUACGUUUUUUUAUUUUUUUAGCAUUUUAUUUUUAUUAACACUUUGACGUCCCUUGUCAAGGAUGAACUUUUUACCUCACUUUUAUUUAUUUUAUUAUAUAACAAUUACAAUUUGGAAAUUGGUAAUUUUUAUUAAAAAUUUUUUGACUCCACAGGCUAAUAUAUUUUCUUGUAGUUAAAAAAAUUACAAGAGCCAUUGAUUCCGUAAAAUAUACAACCGUCAAAGUGUUAAAAAACCAAUAAUAUUUUUACCAUUUUGAGAUGUAAAUUUUCGCGCCAGAAAAAGGGUGGGUCACGCUUUGCCUUGCACAACAGUAUUUGCUCGAAGAUGAUCGACCUUGCAGACUUGUAUCGUACUUAAUAAUUUUUCCUGCUGAAACUAAUUCUUGUUCAUUUUAUUGGCGGCCUAUAAGCUUACCUUAAAAUAGUCCUUUUUUUUUACAAGCGUCUAACAUUUUCAAUGUCAUAUCAUCGUGUCUGUGAUAUGCAUCGUCGAACAUCUCUCAAGUAAAAUGCUUGUCAUGCCCGAAUCGAAAUACCUGAUUCUUGUGCCGAGGAAAGAGGAAAGGUCGAGAAAUGAGCAAGAAAGAAAGAGAAAAAGAAUGAACGUGUGCAUGUGUGUGUGUAAAUGCGAGAAGAAAGGCCGAUCUGUGUGGCAAUGUCGAUCUCGUAAAUCGAUCUCGAAUGCGCAUUUCAUUUUAUCACAUUAUUUUAUAUAUUUUUUAUUUAAUAGACCGUCGUUUGUUUCAUUUUUUUUAAGCAUCAAUCAUCUCUUUUUUUUUAGUAAGAAAGACUGCCAUUUUAGUUCGGUUUCAUUUAACCCUUUCGAUAGCAAUAAUAAUUUCUUUCACAAAUAAUAAGAAACAUUAUUCAAAAUUUUAUUCCUGAAAAUUAAAGCGAAGGGUCAUUAAAAUUGAUAGGUUGGCAAUUAGAUUCGCGAUUUUUGCAUUCUCUUUCCUAUAGAAUUAUUUGUUAAAAUUGAAUAAAUAAUAAUUUUCAAUUAGGAUAAGUAUCAUUUGGGUCAAUGAUAUUUUGCUACAUUAUUUGGUGAUUUUUAAUUCCUUGCAGUGGGGUGGAAAAAGUUGAGGAUUUAGUUGUUAAUCUACUAAGGAACAGUAUUAAAAAUAAGUUAAUUUUAAUAAUAAUCUGAAAUCAAAAAUUCUUCCAUGCUCUGAGAAAUAAAAAAUCGAAUUCUCAUUUAUCCGGAAAGUGAUGGAAAAAUUAUAAGAAAUGCGGCUAAGCGUAAGAAUAUGGUUAUGAUUAUAACUAAUUUAGUCAUCUAUCUGUGAAAUAAUUAUUUAGAAAGCUUGUUAAUAAAUUGAUGAUAAAUAGUAAUCGAAACUGUGAAAAUUCAUUCUAAUAGUAAACUUUGUAUUUUUUUAAAUUCACUAUAAUUAUAAGUAUCUCUUUCUCUCUCCACUUACCAAAAAACGUGAGUUCUAAAUAUAACAACCAAGUCAUAAUUACGAUCAUUCUUCCAUGUAAGAUCUUAUCAUUUUCCAAUCACUCUCAGAUUAAUAAGCAUACGAAUUUUUAUUUCUGUGCCAAAUUACUCAGUGAAAGAAUCUUUAAUUUUAGAUAAUUACCAAAAGUUAUCUAUAUUUAACACUGUCUAUCUCAAAACAUUAACGACGGUCACUGAUGACUGAAACCACAAAUUUAAUACACCUAAUCAAAUAAUUAAAAAUGGAAAAUUUUAAAUAGUACUAAUAUUGUACUAUUUAAAUAAAGUAGCAAGUGAAAUGGCUAAAUAGAAAUAAUAUGGUGCCUUGCUACAUAUGGCCAGUUUCACUAUGGCGAUUAGCCUAUUAAGUAACGAAAGGGUUAAAAAUCGAAAAAGUGUUAACGAGCCAUAAAUGAAUAUACUCAUUAGGAAAGACUUGAAUGUUCCACUCGUAAGCAGCAGCGCAAGUUCGAACGUCUAUCAGCUAAAGACAAUCCUACCGAUUGCAGAUAAGGAUUUUGUCCUUUUCUUUUCAAAUAGAAUUUUUUUUAUCAAUCUGUCAAAAUUUGUAUUCGUAUCUGAAUCAGUGUGUAAUUCUUGUGUAAAGAUACAUGGAACGUGCCAGGUAGAAAUUAAUAAUCUUUCUGAAAAUAUAUUGAAGGGAAAAUGAAGAUAACUAGGCACGUUCUAUGAGAUUGAUGCAGGCAAUAUACAACAAAUUUCGUGUAGAUUAAUUACGAUUGCUUGGUGUAUGUUGUACAUAAACAGAUUUGAUGAUAUAGAAGCUACAAAGUAUAAUUAUGUAUGUGAAUAUGUAACCCUCUUGGGGGACACACGAACCCCAAAAAUGCCCGCUCCGUUGUAUCAUAUUAAACCAAAGACAGUUCUACAUGGUA